UGGAGGAGAGACGAAAUGUUUCACUAAAGAAAGAAGAACCCAUCCAGAGGACCUACUUAAUAUUUUUCUUUAUGACUUACAAGUAACUCUUUAACCUAAGAGACAAAGCUGUGCAGGAGGUGAGUACUGCUGUGAGCUGAAAUAGUUUUUUUAUACCUUCAGACCAGGCUAUAUAUUUUAUUUUUUAACUUUUAGAGUUGUUUCAUAAGUUUUGUUGGAAUAAAACUGCUGUAGACUUGACUGGACUUUUAUCAAAAGGAACCGAAGUGAAACAAUCAAGACAGUUGACAACAUCAAGAUAUGUGAUGUACUCUGUACAGAUUGUAAAAUGUGCUUUUUAUCAGURAGGACUGAAGAGAAACCAUCAAGAACUGCUGGCAAAAUCAAGAUACUGGAUUUUUACUACACAGCUUUUGGCAGCCUGGAAGUAGCAUGACUUUURCCACAUUGGUAAAGGAAAGACUUGAUCAUUAUUGAUUUGUUGGCUUGAAUUGGAUGGAAAUUAAAGAAAGGGAACUCUGAAAAGAAGCUCAGAUUCCCCGAGACGAAACAUGUCAAACUCUCAGGAACAGAGUCUGAAUGAGAAUGCAGUUUUCCUGCCGGUGGAGGAAGCCUCACCCGAGUUCCUGCACUGCGAGUGGGAGCGUGAAGCGGUGGAGAUGCUCCUCAGCGGAGGGCCGGAAGCCUUCUACAGCUCCGUCAGCUCAGAGCACGCCGCCUGCUUCUUAUCUCCUGAGGAGGUGAGCCAGAUAAGAAGCUGGGCUCAAAACUACCACGUCAAAGAGCUGCAGGUGGAGGAGCAGAACGGAGUGGAAAACAGUUUUGAGACGGAGGACUUCUGUUCCACCUACUCCCCGUGCCACUCAGACGCACCAAUCCCAAACCUGGAGCUCGGCUGGCCGGAGAUGCCCCCCACWGAGAAGAUGGUGGAGGUGGCGGUCCACACAAGUCCUCCUCUUGAAGGAGAACCGCCGGUCAGAGAGAUCAUCAGACGGUACCUGCAGAAUGCCACACAAGCAAUUGGCAUUGUUACAGACAAACUAACAGACAAUGCCAUAAUUGGUGAUUUACACACGGCUGCUUCCCGAGGCGUCCCCGUCUACAUCGUCCUAAACCAAAGGUCUCUUCAGGAGAAUUUCACCCUCAACAAGCUCAGGCAUCCGAACAUGCGGGUCCGAGUUCUCAGAGGGAAAACUUUUUGCUCGAGAAAUGGACGUAUGGUGGUUGGGGAAAUGAAGGUCAACUUCCUUCUGGUGGAUCUAAAGACAGUGAUCCAUGGCAGCUACAGCCUCACAUGGACAGACGCCCACCUGCACCAGCAGCUUGUCACGGUUCUGAGAGGACCAGUCGUUGACUCCUUUGACCGGGAGUUCAGGAUCCUUUAUGCUGCUUCGGCCCCGGCCCCUGACACUCUCAGAGUCACACCUAAUGGCCAGAUUUCCGUGCCUUACCACCAGCCUCAAGACUUUUCAGACAUCAGGUUUUUAAAAUGGGUCACAGUGGAGCCUGACAUAACAAACCCUCCAUCACCACCUACAGAUGUCCUCCUGGACUGGGAAGCAAUGGGUGUUGUUCAUAGAGACAACUGCAGCUCUAAAACUCAUUUUGUUUUGAAUGAGGAAAUAGAGACUGAGAAUACGCCACAGCAGAACAAUAACAUAGACAGAGAGGUUGUGGAAAGAUUAACCUACAACGGGCACCUAUUUGAAGACGAGCAAAGAAUUAAUGGGAACACUUUUGAGACUAAAGCCAGACUAGAAGAUAAUUUACCAACUUCUACUGAUUCAGAGUCGUCAUCAAACACAUCAUCUGCUGAAAGGAUAAUAAGGAUGGAGAGGAAAGUAGAAAAACGAAUUUCCAAGGAACUCUCUGAAGAUAAAGACUCUGAUCUAUCUGAGGGAACUAGAACAACAGUUGAUAAAACACUGGAGAUGGUUGCUUCAGCUGAGAGGAGACAGUUUUUAAAGUCGGACAAAUUUUUGGAAGAGGAGAAUUUAAAUGACGCAGCUCCUGAGGAGAGCACRUCAUCUUCGAGAAAACCUGUAAUCUUGAAGGUGUCGCAGUCUGACGGUCUCAGCUCUCUGAGCGCCAUCAUGACGAGGAUCAAACGGAGAACGUCAGGCAUGCUCAGGAGAGGUGUGAAAUCCACAAUGUCAGACCGAGCCCAGUCCAUGAUGGACCUGAGCGAGUUCAGCGAAGAAAAAGGAGUGCCAGCWCCAAGGUUCCCAGGCAAUCUCGAUCAGGAUCAUAUGACGCCUGCGUUAGCACUGAUGAAGAAGAGGAACAAUGACGUGAAAUCUUCCAUGAACAGACCUCUCAAAAACUUCAGGCAUUUAGAAAGAACCCACAGCUCCAAUGACAUCGAUGAAAUUCUUCCGUGGAGAUCUCGAUAUAACAAGGAAGAGGAGCAGAACUGACAAGAGAGAGGGAGAGAAAGAAAGAGAGAGAUAUCCUGCGUCACUGAGGAAGAACAGCAUGCGACUGCUGCAGUGUUAAUUAUUGAAACUAUAAUUAAAGAUAAUUAGAAUAAAACUUUAAAGACUGAAAGCAGACAGAUGCUUCAUAUCUUUUAAUACUGUACAUAAAAUAAAUCAUUGCUGCUAAUAAAUAGGAUUUUUUCUGGUUUA